CUUUUCAAGAACACUGCAGACACGUGUUUACAAAAUCCUAAACUGGAAAAAGCAGAGAUUUUAGACCUUGCGGUUCAAUACAUCAAAAAGACCACAAGAAAAACUCAGGUGACAUCUAAUCAAAUGGAUUCCAAGGCCACUCGGAACCAGUCUGUUGUAUCUGCUUCUGCGGGCCCCACCAGUGACUUCUAUGUACCUGACUUCUACGGGAGGUUUAAAUCACUUGAGCAGAAAGAGGUUCUUCUGAAACUGAGGGUCAAUCUAACCGGUGCUUCCAAAGCAGGAAAUGAACCAGUGGCCCAGACAGGCUUCCCACGAUCACCAUCAGACCAAAACUACCACCAGGAACUUCUCUUACACCCUGAAUCAUCUUUGUAUGGCUCUAAACUUUUGCGUCGAUCGACUUCUCCACCUAGUUCAUUAUCAUCAGAAUGUAGUUCCCUGCCAUUAUCUCCCACUUUUACAAGCUUAUCCUCCUCUCCCAGAAACUCGCCUCCAUAUCUUUCCGGGUCUUGUCCUCUACCUGCUCCUCCUGAUUCAGUGUCUCCUCUCAUAACACCAUUUUCACUCCAUAGGCCUGUUAUUGUGCCUCAGCCCAUUCUGCCCAACAUGGCUAGAGAUUUUACCCCACCGCAGUCACCUGUACUGGCUCUUAGACCAGAACCCUUUUCUCUUCCAACCCAGUCCACAUGGAGACCAUGGAACUGAACUCUUACCAUGGUGUGAUUCUUUUUACUUAUGCACUGCUCCGAUGGAGAAAUUACCUCUCAGAGGAACCUAAUGCUGGUAUAUGGUGUGGCGUGAACAUAGGGUUGUCACUUAUGUUUGCCUCCAGUUAGUAUUACUUUUGUCAUGUUUUCAAUGACGUGUACUUUUAACUUGACUAUUUAUUGUUCUGACCCAUGCUUGUCUUCAUUGGUACCUGUAAUUUUAGUAGUGGAAUAAAAUCACUAUCACUGUUU